GAACAACCGAAAAACAUGUUGGGACUCGGAAUCAAUGGCUUUGGGCGCAUCGGUCGCGUGGUUCUGCGCAAAUGUCUGUCGCGCAAGGAUGUGCAGAUGCUGGCCAUCAAUGACCCCUUAAUGGUUCCCAAGUACUCCACUCAUGGCAUUUACAACAGGCAGAGCUCCCUGGAGGGCAACACGCUGGAGGUCGACGGAAAGAAGAUCAGCAGCUUGAUGCAGGAAUGCCCGCGCCGCUACAGCACUUCGAAGGAGUGCCAGGGACAAAAGCAAAACUCCAAAUUGUCACUCACAAACAAGAAUGUUGUUUUCGUGGCUGGUCUGGGAUGCAUUGGCCUGGACACCAGCCGGGAGUUGCUUAAGCGGGAUCUGAAGAACCUCGUCAUCCUGGAUCGCAUUGACAAUACAGAUGCCGUUGCCGAACUGAAGAAGAUCAAUCCCAAGGUGAAGGUCACCGUCUUCCCUUAUGAUGUGACUGUACCUCUCGCAGAGACCACCGAACUCCUGAAGUGCAUCUUUUCCCAGAUCAAGACCGUCGAUGUCCUGAUCAACGGUGCUGGCAUCCUGGACGAUCAUGCCAUCGAGCGUACCAUUGCCGUUAACUACACUGGCUUGGUCAACACCACCACAGCCAUGAUGGAGUUCUGGGACAAGCGGAAGUGCGGCCCAGGUGGCAUCAUUUGCAACAUUGGCUCCGUUACCGGUUUCAAUGCCAUCUACCAGGUGCCCGUUUACUCUGGCAGCAAGGCGGCGGUGGUUAACUUCACCAGCUCCCUGGCGAAGCUUGCACCCAUCACUGGAGUCACCGCAUACACUGUGAAUCCUGGCAUCACCAAGACCACUCUGGUGCAGAAAUUCAACUCGUGGCUGGAUGUGGAGCCCAAAGUGGCGGAGAAGCUGCUGGAGCAUCCCACCCAGACCACUCAGCAGUGUGCCAAGAACUUUGUCAAGGCCAUUGAGAUGAACCAGAAUGGGGCCCUCUGGAAAUUGGACUUGGGAACUCUGGAGCCCAUCAAGUGGACCAAGCACUGGGAUUCGGGCAUCUAAACGGGGCAUCUAAAUCCGCCAAUUCGAAUAAGGCUGAUUUGAUUCUCUUCAAUUGGAAUAUGAUAAUAAAAAUUUGAUUUAAAUUUAAA